UUCUCUUAUUUCACUAAAAAAAAAAAAAAAAAAACCUCUCUCUCUCCUGCCCGAUUCCUUUUAGAACGAAUUUCCCCAGUCCCAUUCCACCUCCAAUAUUCUUCAACAGCUUCAACUGCUUCCGCUAUAAUUUCACUGCAACUUUUAUGUGUUUCAACUGGGAAGAACAAAGCCCAACUCAACUAGCAUUGGUUCGAAUUACACUGUCAAUUCCACGAGCUUUUGGAUCCUUUUUUACUUUUUUAAUAAAAAAAUUAUGUUUGGAAGAUUGGUUGGAGACUUGAAGUAGAGUACUGGAUUUGAGGCACUGCUGCAUUUGGUUUACUGAUAGUUAGAUUGGAUUUUGUUUCUGGUUUCUUGAUUUUUUUCCUAGAUCCAGUUUGAUGUGGAACCUUGCGAAGUUUACUGCGGCGAGUUUGAGCCGAUCUAGGCGGUUAUCGACUGCGAUUCCUGGUCCUUGUAUUGUCCAUAAGCGCGGUGCCGAUAUUCUUCAUGAUCCUUGGUUCAACAAGGAUACUGGAUUUCCUCUCACUGAAAGAGACCGUCUAGGAAUCCGUGGCCUCCUUCCUCCACGAGUGAUAUCAUUUGAACAGCAAUAUGCUCGUUUCAUGGAAUCAUAUCGGUCGCUGGAGAGGAAUACUCAUGGUCAACCAGAUGGUAUUGUUUCAUUGGCGAAAUGGAGGAUCUUAAACAGAUUGCAUGAUAGGAAUGAGACACUGUACUAUCGUGUCCUUAUUGAUAACAUCAAAGACUUUGCUCCAAUAAUAUACACACCUACAGUGGGAUUAGUUUGUCAAAACUAUUCUGGGUUAUUCAGACGUCCACGUGGAAUGUAUUUCAGUGCAAAAGACAAAGGAGAAAUGAUGUCCAUGAUUUAUAAUUGGCCAGGACAGCAGGUUGACAUGAUCGUCCUGACAGAUGGAAGUCGUAUUCUUGGCCUAGGUGACCUUGGAGUUCAGGGAAUAGGAAUACCUAUAGGAAAGCUGGAUAUGUAUGUUGCUGCUGCUGGCAUUAACCCUCAAAGAAUUCUUCCAGUAAUGCUAGAUGUUGGUACUAACAAUGAGAAGUUACUUAAUGAUCGUCUUUAUUUAGGACUUCGGCAACCUAGACUGGAGGGAGAAGAAUAUCUAUCAAUUGUUGAUGAAUUUAUGGAAGCCGUGCAUACACGUUGGCCCAAAGCUAUUGUUCAGUUUGAGGAUUUUCAAAUGAAAUGGGCUUUUGAAACAUUACAACGUUAUCGUAAGAGGUUCUGCAUGUUCAACGAUGACAUACAAGGAACUGCUGGUGUUGCUCUCGCCGGACUAUUGGGAACUGUGAGAGCUCAAGGGCGGCCAUUGAGGGAUUUUAUUAAUCAAAAGAUAGUUGUGGUAGGGGCUGGAAGUGCAGGGCUUGGCGUUCUUAACAUGGCUGUUCAGGCUGUUUCGAGAAUGGCAGGGAACAGUGAUUCUAUGGCAAGAAAUCAAUUUUUCCUAAUAGAUAAAGAUGGCCUUAUCACAAAAGAGAGAACAAAUAUUGAUCCGGCAGCUGCACCAUUUGCUAAAGACCCAAGAGAGCUUGAGGGACUUAGUGAAGGAGCCAAUCUACUAGAAGUGGUGAAAAAGGUCAGGCCCCAUGUUCUUCUUGGUCUGUCGGGAGUUGGCGGUAUCUUCAAUGAGGAGGUGCUCAAGGCAAUGCGAGAAUCUGAUUCAAGUAAACCUGCAAUAUUUGCUAUGUCAAAUCCCACCAUGAACGCUGAAUGCACUGCUGCUGAUGCGUUCAAGUAUGCUGGAGAAAACAUAGUCUUUGCGAGUGGAAGCCCUUUUGAGAACGUUGCUCUUGGUAAUGGAAAGUUUGGCCAUGUAAAUCAAGCUAAUAACAUGUAUUUGUUUCCCGGGAUUGGGUUGGGAUCUCUUCUAUCAGGUGCUCGUUUUAUCACUGAUGGAAUGUUGCAAGCAGCUGCAGAAUGCCUUGCUUCUUAUAUGACAGAUGAAGAAGUUCAAAGUGGGAUUUUGUACCCAUCGAUUGACAGCAUUCGAGAAAUCACAGCAGAGGUCGGAGCUGCAGUCCUGCGGAGUGCUGUUUCGGAGAAUUUGGCAGAAGGCCAUGGUGAUGUGGGGCCUAGAGAGCUCAGGCUAAUGGCCAAAGAGGAGACGAUUGAAUACAUCCAACGCAAUAUGUGGUUUCCGAUUUAUAGCCCUCUUGUUCACGAAAAAUAAGCAUACUUUUGAGCUCUAUCAUUCCUUUUCUUUUCCUCCUCGAAGACUAAUCAUCAUCUCUGUCUCUCAUAGCUCGGGGUCGGGACCAAAGAAUUGAACAUAGGAAUUAGGUCUCUCUAUUCUGAAGCAUUCUAAGAAAACGUCCAUGCUUGGAUUCCAUUCGGUUAUAUAUAUAUUAUUCUCAAAAUUAUUGUAUUCAAGGUGAUAAACAUCAUCAUGCAAUUGCGACUCGAGAUGUUCAGAGUUCAUAUCUCUAUAGCCAUCGAUUCUCUUUAUACUCC